GUCACUUUUUUUUUACUUUACUUUUCUUUCCCGGCGACUCAAAGCUUAAUCGUCGCCGGCGAUUUUUUGUUCUCAAGCAUUUAUCCUAAUGUUUUCCAAGUACAGUUUCAUUCUUUGUCUUAUUUUCUUCUUCGUCACUGCAUUUUCCGGCGACUCCAGAGCUCUUGCUGGAAACAAUGAGCAGAAGAAGAACAUCUCUGGCUUUUCUGGGAUUGACUUUCCUAAUCCGAUGCCUUUCGGUUCUGUUUCUUCUUCCUCAAGCAACGAUUGCGGCUUCGCUACCCCUGAGAACGAACCAACCAAGAAACCGACUGGAGAAAACAAGACGGUGAAGUUUCACUUAAAGCGCCGGGAGACUACUACGAAGCACAAAACAGAGAAGACAACAACAAAUUCAGUUCUUGAGCUUCAAAUCCGAGAUCUCACAAGAAUUCAGACGCUUCACAAAAGGGUUUUGGAGAAGAAGAACCAAAACACUGUUUCGCAGAAGCAGAAGAAGAAGAACAAAGAAGUCGUUACCACUCCGGCGCCUUCCUCCGUGGAGGAGCAGACUGGUCAAUUGGUGGCAACACUUGAGUCUGGUAUGACCCUCGGUUCUGGCGAGUACUUCAUGGACGUGUUGGUUGGUUCGCCACCAAAACACUUCUCCUUGAUUCUUGAUACAGGGAGUGACCUUAACUGGAUUCAAUGCUUGCCUUGCUACGACUGUUUCCAGCAAAACGGUGCGUUUUAUGAUCCUACAGCCUCUGCUUCUUACAAGAACAUAACUUGCAAUGACCCAAGAUGCAACCUAGUCUCACCACCUGACCCUCCAAAGCCCUGCAAAUCAGAUAACCAAUCAUGCCCUUACUACUAUUGGUAUGGGGAUAGCUCCAACACUACCGGAGAUUUUGCAGUCGAGACUUUCACGGUUAAUCUCACUACAAGUGGAGGGAGCUCGGAGUUGUAUAAUGUCGAAAACAUGAUGUUCGGUUGUGGUCAUUGGAACCGAGGUCUCUUCCAUGGUGCUGCAGGCUUGCUUGGGUUAGGAAGAGGCCCACUUUCGUUUUCCUCUCAGCUUCAGUCUCUUUAUGGUCAUUCCUUCUCUUAUUGCCUUGUUGAUAGAAACAGCGAUACCAACGUUAGUAGCAAACUGAUUUUUGGGGAAGACAAGGAUUUGUUGAGCCAUCCGAAUCUGAACUUCACUUCUUUCGUAGCCGGGAAAGAAAACCUCGUCGACACAUUUUACUACGUACAGAUCAAAUCCAUUAUAGUCGCGGGAGAAGUUCUAAACAUACCUGAAGAAACAUGGAAUAUCUCAUCAGAUGGCGCUGGAGGGACAAUCAUUGAUUCAGGUACAACCUUAAGUUAUUUCGCGGAACCUGCAUAUGAAUUCAUCAAGAACAAGAUAGCAGAGAAAGCGAAAGGGAAGUACCCGGUUUAUAGAGAUUUCCCAAUCCUAGAUCCUUGUUUCAACGUCUCUGGCAUCGAUAACAUUCAGCUGCCAGAGCUUGGGAUUGCUUUUGCAGAUGGCGCGGUUUGGAACUUCCCGACAGAGAAUUCUUUCAUAUGGUUGAGUGAGGAUUUGGUUUGCUUGGCCAUUCUUGGAACUCCCAAAUCAGCCUUUUCAAUCAUUGGAAACUACCAGCAGCAGAAUUUUCAUAUACUAUAUGAUACAAAGAGGUCCAGGCUCGGACCAGACCCAACCCAUCUCCUACAACCAUCUGUCUCGGUGGUGUUCUUUGAUCCUCUCUCUUACAAACCUAAAAUCUCGGCAUUCGAUCUCUGGGGAGGAUCGAAAAGAAAGAGAGGAUUCACGAUGACGAUCUUAUUAGCGACGCUUUUCGAAUCAACCACGGAUAAAUGCUAUGCCUCAAGCUUCAUCGCCGUCAAUCUCUCUCUGGCUUUUAUCGAUGCCGCUCUUGCUUUCAUCGCAUUCCUUCAGUUAUCUCGAUUUCACAGGCGGAAUAAACAAGUUGGAUGGACUCGGCAAAAAGUACUUCAUCUAAUGAUUGGUUCUUCAAACACUGGUUCUGUCGUUUAUUUCGUUGCUGCGAUUAUUGCGACUUGCACAAGGUGGCAUCAUUGGUCUAAUGCAUUAGGUUUUCUACUCAUGGCCUUUCCCAAAAUCCUGUUUCUGGCAACUUUUCUCCUGCUUCUCUCUUUCUGGGUAGAUGUUUGCCAUCAGGGAAAUGGAGAGGAGGAUGAUGAUGAUGAUGAAGAAAAUAGCAUCCAACAAGCGUUGCUUGAAAAAAGCAAGAGCAAGCCAGGUUCUUCAAAUGCUAGUGAUCGUAGAAAGUGUUGCUCUUUCCAUGGGAUUCAUGUUGGAACCCGUCAGAAGUUUGUUGUUGCGGCGGUUAUUCUUGUGUUCAUCUUAAUGAUAUCAUUUGCAAUCCUUAUCUGGAUCGCUUCCGGAAAGAAUCCUAUGAAUUCUUCAUUAUUGGCUGAGGUGUAUGUCGAUAUUUUUGCUGCAAUAAUCCUAAUCACGGGAGGAGGAAUAUGCUUCUAUGGCCUGCGUCUGCUCUUUAAUCUAAGAAAGGUGCGGUCUGAACAAGUUUCAGCAGAGAUGCGUAAGGUAUCGGGUUUAGCAGGCGUCUCAGUUGUUUGCUUCACUGUUAGCUCUUUAAUCGCUCUUCUCACACACAUUCCACUCUUCUAUCAUUGGAACCCAAGCAAAUUACACGGCAUCAAAGCAUUGGUUCUUCUGAUCAUAUACUAUUUCAUAGGUUCCACUGUACCAUUGGCUUUCGUUUUAUGGGUAUUGAGGGAGUUACCCCCUCAAAACAUUGUGAGUAGACAAGAAGACACCAGAAGGAUUACUUAUGUCAACUAUGAAACUGUUGCAAGGCAACCUCCACAGGACUGGGCCUCCACUACAGUGUCGAAAAAUCAGGUUUCUAAAGCAAGUCCUAUAUGAACGAAAGAAUCAUUAUAAGCAUUGACCUGAAGCAAAAAUCCGCCAAUUUACUUUUCUAGUUACCGGGAAAAAGCCUCGUUGGAUUGCGGAAUGGUUGUUAGGCCCAAUGUGGUGUGUUGUGCUGGAGUGAAUGAAAGUGGUAACAAGCU